UUUUAUAUUUUAGUUAAAAAUGGACUUGCUGCAACUGCACGACGACUGUCUGGAUCUUAUCUUUGUCAACUUUAAACUGGAUGAAUUACUGCCAUUAUACAGGGAAAUUCACAAUCGCUUUGAUGAAGCCAUAGAAAGGCAACUCCAUCGGUUUAGGGAUCUGGAGUUUAGCAUGAGGCUGCCUCCCCCUUUUCACGAAGAUCUGAUGAUAGCCUUGGGUCGCCACCUGUACAGCCUUCACAUCAAUGUUGGAUACUCAACCAAGGACCAGGACAUUCUGCGAUACCUGAAGCCGCUGUGCCAAGGUGCCUCCGAAAGCCGAAGAUUGCGGGCUCUAAAGCUGGACCAUGCCAAGUGGUCACCCGAAAUAUUGGCGACCGUUCAAGCUGUGGUUCCUUCGCUGUUCUUCUUGGACAUGCGUCACUGUGAUGUGCGGGACUACCAGAUAGCACAGCUCUUGGAAUCGGCCGAUAAGUUAAAGGCCCUCGCUCUGCUCCAUGUUAACAAUCAGACUGGAGACUCUUACCUGCAGCCUAGUAUACUCAAUAGGUUGCCAUCCCUGAGACUCAUCCACAUCACAAUCCUUGGCCCAUUGCCGUUCUCCGCCGAGGAUCUCGCCCAGCAGUGCCCAAAUCUGAGCCUUCUUAUAAGUGAUCUGAUUAAUAGCGAAUUUAAAAUAUACGGACCUCCUGGUUACCUGCAAAAGUAUUAUAAAUACUAUCAUGAGUAUUUUAAGAGUCCUUGA